GUUGUGUGAUAACCUGGCAAUUUGUGUGUUUAUACACCGCCAACUUAAGAAUAUCACAAAAAAAAAAAAAAAAAUUAUUGUUCUGCAAAAAUUAAUAAGUUUAAACAAUAAAUAAUAGUAUUUAAAUAAUUAAUGUUAAAUAUUUAAUAAAUUGCAUACGGAAAAGAACAAUGCUUAGCGAUAAGGCUAUUAAACUUUUGGUAAUUGGGGAAAGUGGUGUUGGAAAAUCAAGUCUUAUACGCCGUUUUGUGGAAAAUAAAUUUGACGAAAAUCACGAUGUUACGAUUGGAAUGGACUUUAAGAGUAAAGUGAUGAAUAUUGAUGGUGUUGAUUACAAAUUGGCUUUGUGGGACACAGCUGGUGCGGAAAGAUUUCGCAGUCUAACACCAAGUUUCUACAGAAAAGCAUUGGGAGCAAUUCUUGUUUAUGACAUUACAAAUCGUGAAUCGUUAGUCAAAUUGGAAGCAUGGUUUACAGAGUUGGAAAACUAUAGUGAUAAUCCGAAUAUAGCGACAAUAGUUGUUGGCAACAAAAUCGAUAAUGAGCGAGUUAUUAGUCGAGAGGAAGGCUUAAAAUUUGCCCGUAAACAUCGAUCGUUAUUUUUAGAAACGUCAGCAAAACAUGAUAAAUUCGUGGCAGACGUUUUUAGGGAUAUUGUAGAGAAGGUAAGUAGCAGACGUGCAAAAAGCUCUAGAUUUCUGUGAUAAUAAAAAACCAACUACCCAGAUAGU